AAACCAAUUGUCCAAAAUAAAAAAAAAAGAAAAGAAAAGAAAAUGAAGAACAUGAUCCACAAACACUAAAAAAAACCUUGCAAAAAACCAGUAAAUACAGAGAGGCGCCAAUGGCUAGUGCAACCACCACUACAACGGCCAUCUCCCGCCUCACAGUUCUAUUCCCCGCCAACGCUGGCGUAAGUUACCCCCUCAGAAACUCCAAUUUCCCUUCAUCUUCUCGCCAAAAUGGCCGCUACCCACCUCGAAUUACCACCACUUUCAGGGCUAAUCGCCGGCUUAGGGUCGUCUCUCAGGCUGCUGGUGCCCCAUCUAAGGACGUUUCUUCCAUUGGAGUGGGACAAGACCGUCUAUUGAAGGUCCCAGUUUCUAAAAUUAGGAACUUUUGCAUUAUCGCACAUAUAGAUCAUGGGAAAUCAACUUUGGCCGACAAAUUGCUUGAAACAACGGGUACUGUUCAAAAGCGUGAGAUGAAGGAACAAUUCCUUGAUAACAUGGAUUUAGAGAGAGAAAGAGGAAUCACUAUUAAACUGCAGGCAGCACGUAUGCGUUAUGUUCAUAACAAUGAACCACAUUGUUUAAACCUAAUUGAUACUCCAGGACACGUGGACUUUUCUUAUGAGGUCUCCCGAUCUCUGGCUGCAUGUGAGGGUGCCCUCCUUGUUGUAGAUGCUUCUCAGGGAGUGGAAGCUCAAACUUUAGCCAAUGUAUACCUGGCAUUGGAAAACAACUUAGAAAUAAUCCCCGUUCUUAACAAGAUAGAUUUGCCUGGUGCCGAUCCCGAUCUUGUCGCCAAGGAGAUUGAAGAGGUAAUUGGAAUGGAUUGUAGCAAUGCAAUUCUCUGCUCUGCAAAGGAGGGCAUUGGAAUUACUGAAAUUCUUGAUGCUAUUGUUGAAAGGAUUCCUCCACCUCCUGAUACUUCCUCAAUGCCCUUAAGGGCUCUAAUAUUUGAUAGUUAUUAUGAUCCAUACAGGGGAGUGAUUGCAUAUUUUCGAGUAAUUGAUGGAACUAUGAAGAAAGGUGACCGGAUUUAUUUCAUGAUCAGUGGAAAGGAUUACUACGCUGAUGAAAUUGGAGUUCUUUCUCCUAAUCAAAUGCAAGUUGAACAACUUUAUGCUGGUGAGGUCGGUUACCUCUCAGCCUCAAUCAGAUCAGUUGCAGAUGCCAGAGUUGGGGACACCAUCACUUCUUACGGCCGCAAGGCAGAGAAACCUCUUCCUGGAUAUCAGGAGUCUACUCCAAUGGUCUUCUGUGGUUUAUUUCCAGUUGAUGCAGACCAGUUUCCCGAGUUACGUGAUGCAUUGGAUAAGCUGCAGCUUAAUGAUGCCUCCUUGAAGUUUGAACCAGAGACCUCGUCUGCAAUGGGUUUUGGAUUUAGAUGUGGGUUUUUGGGUCUUCUGCACAUGGAAAUUAUUCAGGAAAGACUGGAACGAGAGUAUAAUUUGUCCCUAAUAACUACUGCCCCAAGCGUUGUAUAUCGAGUGAAUUGCUCAGAUGGUGAAUUGGUUGAAUGCUCUAAUCCUGCUGCACUUCCAGAACCUGGCAAACGUAAAUCAAUCGACGAGCCAUAUGUUAAGAUUGAAAUACUUACACCGAAAGACUAUAUUGGUCCAUUGAUGGAGCUGGCUCAAGAAAGAAGGGCAGAGUUUAAAGAAAUGAAAUUUAUCACUGAGAUUAGAGCAUCAUUAAGCUAUGCAAUGCCAUUGGCGGAGAUGGUGGGUGACUUUUUUGACCAGCUGAAGUCCAGGAGUAAAGGUUAUGCCAGCAUGGAGUACACCUUUAUGGGGUAUCGGGAAAGCGACUUGGUUAAGCUUGAUAUUCAAAUAAAUGGUGAUCGUGUGGAUCCUUUGGCUACUAUUGUUCAUAGAGAUAAGGCGUACAGCGUGGGGCGGGCCUUGACUCAAAAGUUGAAGGAGCUUAUACCACGUCAGAUGUUUAAAGUACCUAUUCAAGCAUGCAUCGGCUCUAAAGUUAUUGCAAGUGAAGCUAUUUCUGCAAUUAGAAAGGAUGUUUUGGCCAAAUGCUAUGGUGGUGACAUAACAAGAAAGAAGAAAUUACUGAAAAAACAGGCUGAAGGGAAAAAGAGAAUGAAGUCUAUUGGCAAAGUGGAUGUACCACAAGAAGCAUUCAUGGCUGUGUUGAAGCUUGAAAAGGAGGUAGUAUGAUCAGCCAGGUCUUUGGAGAUUGCAUAAAUCUGCCCUGUUGCAUGUCGGAAGUACUUGUUUCCUAUCUCUCCGAAUUUCCAGUGCUCGGGUUCAUGGUAUUUUACUCCCCUGUGAACAUGACAAAGUUACAAAUGAUAACAGGAGUUUUCGUAUUAGGUCAGCAAUACUUUCACCUUCAACCAUGAAUAUAACUUUUAGGUGGAUGAUCAACUUUGAUUAUGACCCUUUUGUCCCCCAUAAUCUACACCAUUUUUGCAGAAUCCUGCUUUCCUUUUCUUUCUUUUAUUUUCGUGAUUUUGUUUUAUUGCCUUGGAUACUAUCGUCGUAUUCUCAUAUAAUAUAUGGGUUUAAUUA